AUCGGAGCGAGUAAUAUGAUUCGCAUCCACCCCCAGCUAUAAAAUCGUGCGCGUAUCCUGCAAGUAUCAGACGAUGCGGCGGGACAUGGAAAAACUAGUUGUCUUCUCUCCAGAAGUAGUGCUCUCACUCUUGCUCUGCUUUUUCGUGUUCGUGCUAAGCCGCUACUACGUCUCAAGGCGACCAGCGAACAAUGGACGUCUCCCGCCGUCGCCUCCGAAGCUCCCUCUCAUAGGUCACCUGCACCUCGUCGGCCCCAACCCACACGUCUCCCUAGCCGACCUCGCCAGCAAGCAUGGCGGCUGCGACGGCCUCAUGCUCCUCCACCUCGGCCACGUGCCCAACCUCGUCGUCUCCUCCCCGAGCGGCGCGGAGGCCGUCAUGCGCACGCACGACCACGUCUUCGCCUCCCGGCCGCUGUCUGCCGCCGCCGCCGUCCUCCUCAACGGCCCCUCAGACAUCUCCCUCGCCCCCUACGGCGAGUUCUGGCGCCAGGCUCGGAAGCUGGUCACCACCCACCUGCUCAGCGCCACCAAGGUGCGCGCGUUCCAAGGAGCCCGUGAGGAGGAGGUGGGCCUCGUGGUCGCCAAGAUCCGCGCCGCCGCUGCCGCGCACUCCGCCGUCGACAUGACCCAUCUGCUCGGCACCUUCACUAACGACGUCGUGUGCCGCGCCGUGUCCGGAAAGUUCUUCAGGGAGGAGGGCAGGAACGAGGUGUUCCGGGAGCUCAUCGCCCUCAACACGGCCGUCACCGCGGGUUUCAACGCGGUGGACUACUUCCCGAGCUUGGCCAAGGUCCCUCUGCUCCAGCGGGUGCUGCUGGCCAAGACCAGCAGGCUGAAGAAGAGGUGGGAUGAGUUGCUUGACAAGAUCACAGAGGACCACGCAACCAGAUCAGCAUCGCUGCCGGUACAAGAUGAGCAAGACAGAGACAUGGUAGAUGUUCUCCUCUCUCUUCAGCACGAGUACAAUCUCACCACAGACAACCUCAGGGGCAUCUUGAUGGACAUGUUUGAAGCUGGCACAGACACGUCAUACGUCACCCUGGAGUUCGCCAUGGCGGAGCUCAUAAGGAAGCCACGCCUCAUGGCCAAACUCCGAGACGAGGUGAGGAGCAAGACACCCGGGACCCAGCAGAUGGUGAAGGCGGACGACCUGGGCGGCAUGUACUACCUAAAGGCAGUCGUGAAGGAGACCCUCCGGCUGCAUCCGCCGGCGCCGCUUCUCCUACCGCGCCUCUCCAUGGCCGACUGCGACGACGUCAAUGGUUACACGGUCCCGGCUGGGACACAGGUCAUGGUUAACGCGUGGGCUCUCGGCAGAGACACGGGGUCAUGGGGGGAAAAGGCGGACGAGUUCUCGCCGGAGAGGUUCGUGGAAGGCGGGGCCAGCGCAGCCGCGGACUUCAAAGGGAGGGAUUUCCACUUCCUGCCGUUCGGAGCCGGGCGGAGGGUGUGCCCCGGGAUAGGAUUCGGGAUAGCCACCGUCGAGGUCAUGCUCGCCAACCUCGUCUACUGCUUCGACUGGGAGCUCCCUCACGGGAUGCGGGAGGAGGAUGUGGAUAUGACGGAGGAGUUUGGACUGACGACGCGCCUCAAGGAGAAGCUCCUUCUCGUCCCCACAAUACCACCACAACAUGCGCACCAUACCAGCUAGUAUAGCUGCAAUGUUCUUGCAGCUGCGGUGGUUGCCGGUUACAAGGAGAAAGGCAAGCAGAGAGGUGGAGAAACCCGCGGCAAUGAUCGUCGCACAUAAUUGAAGUCAGGCACCAUCCAUCUAAGGUGCCGGGACCCUAGUCUUGUUGGUCAUCUUUUGCUUGCCUCUGUGUGGGCAGCAAUGAUGCCAUUGUGUAUGAAAACUAAUCUCCUCAGUGUGUGGGGAUUUGCAAGACUUGUGGUUGGUUUACAGUUAACUUCAUAAUUUCAAAUCUGGCCAUGCUCUGAAAAACAGGUAUCGGAGUUGCUAAAUCUAAGUUGCCUAAGAAUUUAUUAGGUCAAAUUGCUAUAUGGUUAAUGCAAGCAACCUGU